AUGUCUUCAUGCAAAGGUAAGGUACCCUGGUGCUACAGGACUCUCCGCCUACGCUGUCUCAUGGGGACUAUGGUGAGAUGGUGGUUGGGAGGGAUGGGGAGAGGAAGAAGAGAAGAAGAGGAAGAGGGGGGGGGGGCGCUUUUAUAUUGUAACGUCCCACGUACCUUCCCAAAAUGGACGGCCUUUUGCUCUUGCCUUUUUCAUCUUUCAGGUUAG